AUGGAAUAACUUCAUCGCGGACCUCCCCCAUUUCUCUAUCGUUUUAACUCUCUCUCAACAACAAAACCAGCAGAGAAAGAAAAGCACAUAAAGUGUGAUUGUUUUAUAGAGAAAGUGAGAUUCGAGCAUUUUUAAUCCAUUAAUGCAUAUCUGAAACAAAGCGUGAACGGUUACUUUUCACAGAUUCCUUCUCAAAAACUGCGAGUCUCCUCUCACUCCACCUUCAAAUUCACCCAAUCAACCACGCACGCACAAACAAACUCAUCAUCCUUUCUGUUUGCCAUUUCUUUGCUUUCUUCUCUCUAGAAUUAUUAGUGACAGAAAGCGAUGGAGCUUAGUAAGCUUACGCUGGAGAUCUUCACAAUGCUUGAGCAGAAGUGGCUCUACCACUGCCAAGACAAGAAGACCAGAGUUCUCAGCAUUGACGGCGGCGGAACCACCGGCAUUGUAGCCGGAGCCGCCUUGAUUCACCUCGAAGAUCAGAUCAGAUCUAAAACCGGCGAUUCUCACUCUCGCAUCGCCGAUUUCUUUGACAUCAUUGCAGGUACCGGAAUCGGCGCUCUCUUCGCCUCAUUGCUGAUCGCCGAUGACGGUAACGGACGUCCUCUAUUCACGGCUAGGGACGCCGUCAAAUUCAUUACCGAGAAUCAGUCGAAAUUGUUUAAGCUCGAGUGCGUCGGUGUUUUACGCCGGCGACGAAGGUUUUCCGGCGAGAGUAUCGACAAGGUGUUGAAAGAAGCGUUGAGGAGAGAAGACGGUAAGGUGUUGACGUUGAAGGACACGUGUAAGCCUCUCCUCGUUCCUUGCUUUGAUCUCAACAGCUCUGCGCCGUUCGUUUUCUCUCGAGCCGACGCGUCCGAGUCGCUUAGUUACGACUUCGAGCUCUGGAAAGUGUGUCGUGCGGCGUUAGCGACUCCGCCAAUGUUCAAGCCGUUUAGUUUAACGUCCGUUAACGGAAAAACCUCCUGUUUGGCCGUUGACGGUGGCCUCGUCAUGAACAACCCCGCCGCCGCCGCCGUGACCCACGUUUUGCAUAACAAACGUGACUUUCCCUCCGUUAACGGCGUCGAAAACCUGUUAGUCCUCUCGUUAGGUAACGGUUCGUUAAGUAACCAUUCGCAACUCAAACUCCGUGAUAACAGUGACUGUUCUAUGUGUUCCGUUGUGGACAUUGUUCUUGAUGGAGUCUCUGAAACCGUCGACCAAAUGCUCGGAAAUGCCUUUUGUUUCAAUCCUAUGGACUACGUCAGAAUUCAGGCAACAGCCAAUUACGAGACGGGAGAAGAGGGACCAAGCAUGGAGCUGGUGUUGACACAGAGAGGAGUGGAGUCGUUGCCGUUUGGCGGGAAACGGUUGCUGACGGAGGCUAAUGGACAGAGAAUCGACAACUUCGUGCAACGACUUGUUGCUUAGGAGGCCGCCGUCACUCCCCUGGAUAACGCCCAUUACUUUUGUCUCUUUUCUUUUAUUUUUUUUCGAAGGCAAAUUUUUAUUUUAGUUAUGUGGUUUUGACCAUGUGUGCGUAAUUAAUAAACAUUUAACCUCUUGUAUUAGUAGAUUAAAGUGCAUCCUUGUAUUUAAGUAA